GGAGCGCAGUAUGAUAUCCCCAGGCUUGUUACGGAGUAACUCCGCAGCUUUACAGCAGCAUGGCCAGAAACUGUACCAGCAGGGAGACUUCAGCACGGCCGUUGAGGCUUUUACAGAGGCACUGAGUAAGAAAGAUGCCGACUAUGUCGGUAUUCUAGACAAUCGGGCAGCGACUUAUAGCAAAUUGGCGCAGUAUGAUCUAGCCUUGCGAGAUGCCAGGCAUAUGAUUAAAAGGGAUAAGCUUGAUGAAAGGGGAUACCUGCGCUGCGCCAAAAUUCUCAUUUUGGAUAAGAAAUUAGAGAAGGCUCUUGACGUGUACGCGUACGGGCUGAAGACCAUACCCAGAGAAAAUUCGAAACGUCAGCUAGUGCAGCGGCUCCACGAUAAACUCUGUGCCAGGAUGGAUAAAUGUCUCGAUCCUUUCAGCGUUCUACCACUAGAAAUAGCUGAUAUGGUUUUGCAAUACCUCGACUUCAGGCAGAUCGUGGCGAUAUUACGAGUUUCCAAGAAAUGGGAGCAAUUCAUCAUUUCUUUAAGGAAGCUGUGGAUGCGUAUCGACCUAACUGGAGCCCGUGGGAAGGUCCCUUGGUCUUCCGUACGGACUUACAUCAAGCGAUCAAAUGCCAUGUUGAGCCAUGCUAUUGUGAAGAACGUCGCCAGCCGUUCUGUUCAAAAGACAUUGGAGCUUUUGAGUAGAUGUCCAAAUCUCGAAUACCUUGAGAUCUGGGACUCAUGCGACGCAGGAAUUCUCUAUGGUCUUUUAAAGAGCUCGAAGCGGCUCAGAACCCUCGUAACAUCGGCAAAUAUCAGUUUGACCCAGGAACAUAUUUCAAAACUGUUUUCGAGUUUACCUCUAUUGGAACGCGCUGAAUUCUAUAGUACCGAACAUGCUCCGUUAGCCAGAUCACAAUGGCCUGAGAAUCUACCGAACCUGAAGCGCCUUACCUUCUGCUCGAAAGGAUCCCCGGCGCCUAUCACGCAUGUUCCUGGGCUAUAUAUCCCCGGCGUCUCAAAUCCUACGGGUUCCUGCUCGAUUCCUAACCUGGAAGAAUUACGACUUGACAGCGACACGGAAUCUUUCGAGGCGCUCCCCUUUAUUUUUAGGCCGGACAUAUUUCCACGACUACGUCUAUUGGAUCUAAAUGGCCUAUGCAUUGGUAGGGGCCACGGUUUACCUCCAACCCUCGAACACAUCCGCGUUCGCGGGGGCUUAGGUGUCAGCGAGUUCCCUUUCGCCAUUGAUGCUCCCGUCGAGCUUCCGAAUCUUCGGACCUUGGUGCUGAAUGACAUUCCCUGGGCAACGGCUCGCACAAUAUCUUUGGUUCUGGGAGAGGGCCAAGCGCCAUUACGGGUUCUGCAUCUUGACAGCUGUUUCAAGUUGCAGGGUCCUGACCUUCUUUCGUUGAAGGGAAUUGGCAGCUUCAGUACAUUAACCGAACUCAACAUCAACUGUCUGUGGAGGGUUGAUGACAGCUUAGUUUCCUCUCUCAUUGGGAAUAUGUCCAAACUGAAAGUCCUCCAUCUUUCUCAAACUCGCAUCACAGGCUGCACCGUCAAACUGCUAGCAGACCUGCGCACGUAUGAUGGGAAUGAUAAACCGAAGAUUGAACGUCUCUACAUGAAAGACUGUGAGGAUGUGUCGUCCGAUGCAAUCGCCUAUGGCCGAGCCAAGGGGAUUAAAAUCUUCACUUGA